AUGGCGGCCGGACGAGAUAGCAUCACGGUGCUACCACCAUCACCACUCCACGAUGACGAACAACGACCUCUGCUGGAUGAGGCACACCCCGACCAUGGAACCAUUGAUAGAAGUGUGGCUGCACAGGAAGAAGAGGGCGAGGCGGAUGCGAUUGACGAGCCCACCUCUGCAAAAGUCAUAGUCAUUAUGGUCUGUCUGUGGGUUGGCUCUUUCUGGGCUGCCAUGGGUGAGCAUCUUCCAGUCUUGAUCCUUGGACAGCAGAAUACUGAUCAAUUGUCUCUGUANGACUCGACCAUCGUGGCCACUCUUGCUUCUCCCAUCAGUCGGAACUUCCACUCUUCGACACUGCUCUCUUGGAUCGCUACUGGUUACCUUAUCGCCAAUGCUGCCUUUCAGCCUCUUUCGGGAAAGAUGUCGGAUAUCUAUGGGAGGAAGGCUGGUAUCAUAUUCGCGAGCAGCUUCUUCGCUAUUGGUACUUUGAUCUGUGGUUUGGCUCAGAACGCUCCCAUGAUGAUCUUGGGACGUGUUGUGGCCGGUACAGGUGGUGGGUAUGUACAAACCCUGUGCAAUCCAGGUCGAAGGAUCGUUGCUGAUAUUAUUGCAGUNUGUCUCAACACCAUUUCUACCUUCAUUGCUAGUGACCUGAUUCCUCUUAGAAAGCGUGGACUCUGGCAAGGCUUUGCAAACCUCAUCUACGGCACCGGUAUGGGCCUAGGAGGUAUCUUUGGCGGCCUUAUGAACGAUCACCUCAACUGGAGAUGGGCUUUCUACAUCCAAGUGCCCUUCAUUGUCCUUGCUGGUAUCCUUGGCUGGUACUUCGUCGACAUUCCUAUCAAGGAGGGCAAUUCAAAGGAGCGCAUCAAGCGUGUUGAUUUCCUCGGCGCCAUCACCUUGUGCACUGCACUCGUCUUGCUGUUACUCGGUCUCAAUAGUGGUGGCAACAUCGUACCCUGGAACCACCCUUUGGUCUACGUCAGCUUGCCUCUUUCUGGACUUGCUCUGGCAGCAUUCGUCUACGUCGAAGACAAAGUCGCAAAGGAACCCGUCAUUCCCAUUCGCUUGCUCCUUCACCGCACCGUUGCUUCAGCAUGUCUGACAAACUGGUUCCUCACCAUGGCUGUCUACGCACUUUUCUAUUACGUACCCAUCUACUUCCAGAUUGUUCAAGGCUUGUCUGCCACCGCAGCAGGCACAAGACUAGUCCCCCAGUCCAUCGGCACAGCAUGUGGCUCUCUAGGCGCUGGCGUUAUUAUGCGCGCAACAGGACGUUACUGGUGGCUCUCCACCUGCGCCUUGACUCUCUACAUCAUCGCCGCCGUCCUCAUCGCCACAACCUUCAAUGCAGGCGUCAACGGCAUACUCCCUUUCGUCUGGCUCUUCUUCUCCGGAACAGCUUAUGGCGCCAUGUUAACAGUAACCCUUCUUGCUCUGCUCUCAGCAGUAGGCCACGAACACCAAGCCGUCAUCACAUCCGCUUCCUAUGCUUUCCGCUCUACAGGCUCGACAAUAGGCAUUACCAUCGCUUCUGCAGUCUUCCAAAAUAAACUCUCGAGCGGCUUGUAUGCUCGUUUCGGCCAUUUGCCUGGUGCUGCUGAUGUUAUCAGCCAUAUCCGCGACGAUGUAGGCGAUAUCUCGUUCUUGCCUCCUGGCUGGGAAGACGGUGUCAAAGAUACGUACAUCGAUAGUUUGAGAGCUGUGUGGUUUGUCAUUGUUGUUUUGGCUGGUGUGGCUGGUGUUGUGAGUUUGUUUAUGAAGGAACAUACUUUGCACAACAACUUGAGCAGGAAGUAA